AGCUCAACAAAAAUCCAGUGGAAGGCUUUUCAGCGGGCUUAAUAGAUGACAAUGAUCUUUAUCGAUGGGAAGUCCUUAUUAUUGGUCCUCCAGAUACACUAUAUGAAGGUGGUGUUUUCAAGGCUCAUCUUACUUUUCCAAAAGACUAUCCACUGAGGCCGCCAAAAAUGAAAUUCAUCACAGAAAUCUGGCAUCCGAAUGUUGACAAGAAUGGCGAUGUCUGCAUUUCAAUUCUUCAUGAGCCUGGAGAAGACAAAUAUGGCUAUGAAAAACCUGAGGAACGCUGGCUUCCCAUUCACACAGUGGAAACUAUAAUGAUUAGUGUUAUUUCUAUGCUGGCAGAUCCCAAUGGUGAUUCUCCUGCUAAUGUUGAUGCAGCGGUCUCCAAUUGAGAAACAUGGCACUGUUUUUCUUUUCCUGCACUCUACCCAACUAUUGCUGGACUUCUGUUGUUACAAGUUGGCAAACACUGGCUGGAACUGGGCUGCAAUAAAACAUGCCAGUUAUCAAUGCUGACAAGAGCCUAACGAGUGCCAACACAAGAUGAUUACGCAUUUUGAAAUCUAAUGAACUGCUUUAACCUUCAGGAAGAAUUGUAAAGAUGUGUACAUAGCACAACAUGAUCCGGAUAAUAUAUAUACUGUUCAUGUACAUCCACAAAUACACAUUGUACCAAAUAAUGCUGUCUGUAGUUAGGAGUAGAAUCGUGUAAAUUCUAAAGAUUUUAGCAGGUUUUUCUCUCCCUAUUCAUUGUUUCCUAUCGGUUAAAACAAACAAACAGAACCCCACAGAAACAAACCAACAACUUGUGAAGCAUGUCAAACUAAAACCAAUUAGGAUAAAGUUGUUUUUCCCCCCCCCACCUCCACUUUUAAUCUUCCUUUGACCCACUGAGGCUUAAUUAAAAUCUCUUGCUUAUUAAAGUUUAGUAUUUUUUGGUUUUUUGGAAAUGUGCUCCCUUUUAUUUCCCUCAUCAGAACUUAAAAUUUUCCUAAUUAAACCCUGAAAGGAUUUGCUUUCAAUUCCUUGUGUCUUCUUUUAUGAUGACCUUUGUAGUCUCAAAGGUGCUUCCCCCUCCCCCCUUUCUUCCCACCCCUUUUUUUAACCCAAUUGCACAUAUUCUUGAAUUGGGUAUAGCAAUAAAACUGGCCAUGGAGCACCCUUGAGCAGCCUGCUGGAUUUUGAACUUCCAAGGGACUUGAGUGCUUUAAUUUGGAAGUUCAGUUGACUAAGUUAGUCCAAGAUAGGAAUGAGCUGCUUUUAUGGGUGAUUUCAUUUUAUUUUUUUUUGCCUUUUUCAUUGCCUGUUUGUGGGGUGGGGUGUGUGUGGGGGAGGCUUGUUUUUUCUCAAGGUUGAGUUCAAGCAUGCACAUUGUAGGCUUUCAAAUAACUAACUUCUGGGUUUGUUAUCAAAAAUAGUUUCCCUCCUUUUCCCUUUUCUCUCUUCUGUGGCCCUUCAUAUUCUUUGCCUUCUACUUCAGAAUUUUCCUCACCUAAUGUACAAAGAAAAUUGCGAUGUAUAUUUUCAUGUAAUUUGAUUUUUUUGGAAUUCUGUCACCUUCUGUAGUGAGUUCUUCCAAAAUAUAAUUUUUUCCAAUAA